AUGAAUCAGUCAAACAUUGGUCUUCUUCAUUUACCUGAUGAAAUAUUAUUUAUCAUUUUAAAGAAACUUGAUAAUAUUGAUGUUCUCUAUUCAUUAUUGGAUGUUGGUAAUCAACGACUAAAUAUGAUAGCACAAGAAAAAAUGUUUACUAAGACUCUCAAUUUUGUAAUAAUAACAUCAUUUGAUGAUAUUUUGUCGAUUACUGAUUCAAUACUCGACCGAUUCUGCAUUAAUAUAUUACCAAAACUUAAUAUCAAUAUUAAAUCUCUUAUUCUUGAAUCAGGAUCUAUGGAACGUAUUCUUCUUGCUGCCGAUUAUACUAAUCUAGUUGAACUUAAACUCUUUAAUUUCAAUGAUAAAAUCGUUUUCAAUUAUUUUACAAGUGGAUCACCAUUUCAUCACAUUUUUCAACAACAAAUUACAGAUCUUAUUCUUGUAUACAAAAGCGAUAUUGACAUUUUAUUAGAGAGACAACGCCAUAAUGGUGUGCACGGAUAUAUUUUGAGAUUCUUCAAAAGUCUAAAACAUUUGUCUAUUACUGGAUUACAUUCAGUUUUAUCACUUGAUAAUUUACCUUCGACUAUUUGUUCUUCUUCAAUUCUUUACAAAUUAUCUGUUUCUGUGAAUAAUUUUGGAGAUUGCCUUGCUCUACUUGAUGGUCGUCUCAAACAGCUAACGACGUUUAUUGUUAUUAUUGACAACAUGAUUUAUAAUUCAUCAGUUGUUUACAAUAUGUCACAAAUGUCAAAUAAUUGUAACUCUAAUAAUAAUCAAUUGUAUUCAAUUGUUAAAUAUCCUUAUCUUAUUUCGCUUUGUAUCUUGGCGUCUCAUAUUGAUUAUGUCGAGCAGUUUCUCAAUGAAACAAAAACACAUCUACCUCAUUUAACUAAAUUAAAAGUCGAUUAUGAUCAAUUAGCAAUCGUAACAAACAACUUCACAAGAGAUACAACACGACUCAAUUGUGCUAAAGUAAAACAAUUAAUUAUUGAAGAAACACUAGUUAAUAAAAUAAAUAAUAAAAAGAUUUUAAUAUUAAUUAGUUUCCAGUCUAAUAAGAGUAAACAAUAA